CUAACAGACUAUUAACUGACUGAUAGUUAAUAACCCAUGUCCUCCAAUGUCUUCACACUGUGCAACUCCAACCCCGCUACUGCAUCUUCUACAGUCCCAAUAGGGUUUAUCUACUGUAAAUACAUCUAUCGGAAGGAGGGGCAAACCGUAACCCCUCCAAUUUCGUUCCGAUUUUAAAAUGGAGAUUGUUGUUGACCGCCGCAUCCCCAAAAGUCGCGAUUCUAUCGCAUAUCUAUCGCACAUCCUCCUCUCCCCCCCCCUCUAUAAACAGAUGCCCCUCUAUAAGCCUCGAUUUGUAUUGUGGUUCGUAUCCUCUAUCCUUUUCAUCCCAUCAAUUGGUCUGUUCAACUUUUAAAGAUGGCUGUAGGAACUGUUCUGAUUACCGGCGGCACUGGCUACAUUGGAUCCUUCACCACGCUUGCCUUGCUUGAGCAUGGUUACGAGGUCAUCAUUGUAGACAACCUAUACAAUUCGUCCGAGGUUGCUCUCGACCGCAUCGAGCUUAUUUCCGGCAAGAGACCAAUUUUUUACAAAGUUGACCUUACGGAGCAAGAUGAGCUCGACAAAGUCUUCGCUGCUCAUCCCCAAAUCGAUAGCGUCAUUCACUUUGCCGCGCUGAAGGCUGUCGGCGAAUCUGCCGAGAUCCCUCUUGAGUAUUACCGCGUAAACGUCGGUAGUACCAUCUCCCUCUUAGGUUCCAUGAAGAAGCAUGAUGUUACCAACAUAGUGUUUUCCUCUUCGGCAACGGUCUACGGCGACGCGACUCGUUUCGAGAACAUGAUUCCCAUCCCAGAGCACUGCCCUAUUGGGCCUACAAACACUUACGGAAGAACUAAGGCCAUUGUCGAGAACAUGAUCGAGGACUUUAUCGGCGCGCAGCGCCAAAACUUGAAGAAGGCCGACAAGCCGUUUGAACAAUGGAAUGGCGCCAACCUGCGGUACUUCAACCCUUGCGGUGCACACCCCACCGGUAUUAUGGGUGAGGAUCCUCAAGGCGUACCAUAUAACUUGCUGCCGUUGCUGGGCAAAGUUGCGACUGGUGAUCGACCAAAAAUUCUGGUCUUCGGAGAUGACUAUCCAUCCCGAGACGGGACCGCCAUCCGCGACUACAUCCACGUCGUCGAUCUUGCAAGGGGUCAUUUAGUCGCGUUAAACUAUCUUCGUGAACACAAGCCCGGCGUCAAGGCGUGGAACCUGGGUUCCGGCAGAGGUAGCACCGUUUUCGAGAUCAUCAAGGCGUUCAGCAAGGUUGUCGGUCGCGACCUGCCAUAUGAGGUAGUGCCACGAAGACAAGGUGACGUGCUAGAUCUUACUGCCAACCCGACGCGAGCGAACCAGGAACUGCAGUGGAAGACAGAGCUCAGUAUGGAGAAGGCAUGCGAGGAUCUAUGGAGAUGGGUGUCGAACAACCCGAAGGGAUACCGACAGGAGCCUCCAGCCGAGCUGCUAGCUGGCGUCAAGGGUAAGACCUCUUGAUGCGCGAGCAGAUAGCUACCCCGCGCCGCAUUAUUGGUGGGAAUUGAUUAGCAACUUAACUUGACUGGGCAAUGCAAUUUGAUCCUUGCGCGUUUACCUAGAGAAUAGACGAAAGCUCCGCCUUGAUACCGAAACGCGAACCACCUCCCGUUGACAGGUUAGGUGAAUAAAAGAUUUUACGAGCGUCAUGCUCGAGCUG